AUGAAAUCCGCAGCUUCAAUGCCGAAAAGUAACACAUCAACUACAGCGGCUAAUGCAACGGGUAAGGCGAAGGUGGUGCCUGUGAAGAAACAGGUCAAGGUGAAGACCGAGCCCGGUUUGAAGCAGUCGAAUAAGCCAGUGUCGAACCAUGCAACAAAGGGGAUAGGUCCAAUAACACCCGAUGAAAAGCUGACUAAACCAGCGAUGAAACCGAUUGAUAGGCAACACGUUGUGGAUCAACCUGCUUCAAAGCUGUUAUUGCCGUUAGAGAGCACAGAGUUAGAUGACACCCCAACCAGGAAACGAUCCUCCUCGAAAAAUGACGAUUUGACUUCAACCAACAAGCAGAAGAACCCAAAGGUUGUACCAUCAUCUUCCAAGCCUGUGCUGAAGUUGAAGUCUUCUGUGGGCGGUGGAGGUGGACCACAGCCCAUGAACGAAUCCACACCAGAAACGAAGAACAAGAGGAAGCAAACAGAACUUGUCCCAUGCUUCAAGCCACCACCUCCGUUUACUCUAAUUCCGGAACGCCUUGUGGAUAAUGAGGGUUUGAACUUUGACGAUGUGUUCAAAUCAAUUGACAAUCUGAUGUUAAGAGGCGAAUAUUCAAAGGUUGUGUGCGGUGGGUUUGACAACUGGAUGGCGCAUGGUGUUUCACUUGUCGAUAAGCAAUACCGCUUGGUUGAAAAGAUUGUCAGUGCCAGGAUGAAGCUGAGCUUGAAGUUUGAGUUUGUCUUUGCACAGUUGAACCGGCGCGGGUCUGAGUUGGAGACAAGGCAUCUUCAAGUCAAGGAGAAGUUGCAAAAACUACAGAAACUUGGAGAUGAGAUUAAAAACUCAAUCAGUUUAUAA